AGAAUGGAGACAGAGCUGCUGCCCGAGCUCCCAGCGAUGCCCCUCGCGGGCAAUGGGAGCGCUCAGAUGGUGCCAGACACAGCCCUGCAAUCCCCAGGCAGGGGCACAGCCAUGUUUAUUGUCCGCUGUGUGAUCCCUUCACUUUAUCUGCUCAUCAUCACCAUGGGCUUGCUGGGCAACGUCACCCUCAUUAAGAUCUUCAUUUCCAACAGUGCCAUGAGAAGUGUGCCCAACAUUUUCAUCUCCAGCCUUGCUGCUGGUGAUCUGCUGCUGCUAGUGACCUGUGUGCCCGUGGAUGCCUCCCGGUAUUUCUCUGAGGAGUGGCUCUUUGGGGAGGUGGGCUGCAAGCUCAUCCCUGCCAUCCAGCUCACCUCCGUUGGUGUCUCUGUCUUCACCCUCACUGCGCUCAGUGCUGACAGGUACAAAGCAAUUGUAAACCCCAUGGACAUCCAGACCUCCAGUGCAGUGCUGUGGACCUGUCUUAAAGCCAUUUCCAUCUGGGUAAUUUCCAUGCUUCUAGCGGUUCCUGAAGCAGUGUUCUCUGAACUGGCCCACAUCAAUGACACGGAUAAUGUCACUUUCACAGCAUGCAUCCCAUACCCCAUGACGAACGACAUGCACCCGAAGAUCCAUUCUGUGCUGAUUUUCCUUGUGUAUUUCCUUAUCCCUCUUGCUGUUAUUAGUAUCUACUACUGUCAUAUUGCAAAGAGUUUAAUAAAAAGUGCUCACAACAUCCCUGGAGAAUACAGUGAGCAUUGCAAAAGGCAGAUGGAAACUCGGAAACGUCUGGCAAAAAUUGUUCUAGUUUUUGUUGGCUUCUUUGCUAUCUGCUGGUUUCCUAACCAUGUUCUAUACAUGUACCGAUCUUUUAACUAUAAUGAGAUUGAUCCAUCGACAGGACAUAUGGUUGUUACCUUAGUGGCCCGAGUACUAAGCUUCUGCAACUCUUGUGUCAACCCAUUUGCACUGUACUUUCUCAGUGAGAGUUUUAGAAGACAUUUCAACAACCAGCUUUGCUGCAGGAGGAAAGCUCGGCGAGAAAGGUCUGCCAGCUACUUGCACAACUCUUCUGCUAUUCAAAUGACUUCCCUGAAAAGCAAUAUCAGGAACACAGUGACUAGCAUGACACAACUGAAUGGACACAACUUGAAACAAGAAAUGUCAUUAUGAUUUAAUAGGUG